AUGUCAGAACGCAAAGCUGUUUCCAAGUACUAUCCGCCCACCUUCGACCCUAGCCAGCUGCUACUGGUACGACACAGGGGGGAGGCAGCUGCACCGCAGGGGCAACAAGUCCGAUGGGCGGCACCCUUUUCGAUGCAAUGCACCUCAUGCGGCGAGUAUAUCGGAAAGGGGCGCAAGUUCAAUGCCCGGAAGCUGACGCUAGACGAGAAUUACCUGGGUGCUAUCCAGAUCUACCGCCUCUUCAUUCGUUGCACACGAUAUAUUGCUACCCAGUCUCAUCAGUCGCGAGAAAUCACUCUUAGAACCGUUCCCCAAGCAAGCGACUAUGUCUGUGAGACUGGCGCAAAGCGUAUCACAGAACCAUGGCGCAUAGGUGACGACGUGGCCAACGAGACGGCGGACGAGCGUCUAGAUCGACUAGAGCGAGAGCACGAGAAACGCGAGAACACCGAAAACCCCACGUUGGGGGAUCUCGAAAAAGAAGCCCUCGCAACCGAGACGGGAUCACUGUGGAUAAGAACGCUGCUAUGA